CGGCUCUGGCGCGUUGAUGAUGGCACAUGCAUCCAAGAGCUUAAGGGCCAUACGGGCUCGGUAUCACCAGUAGCCUUCUCGCACGACUCGGCCCUCGUGGCGUCGGCCUCUGACGAUAAGACCAUCCGGCUCUGGCGCGUUGAUGAUGGCAUAUGCAUUCGAGAAGUAGCUGGCAUUUCCUCCUCUCAACUGCAAUUUGACCCUAAGAAUCCAUGCCUCUUGACUGACGCUGGCGCUAUCUCUAUUAAGAGUCCUGUUUCAUCACCUGAAAACAUCACUAUAUCUUUUACUAACUGCCUCUCUGGCAUUGGGAUCAGUGAAGAUAAGUGCUGGAUUAUGUGGCAGAAAAAGAGACUGCUUUGGUUACCGGCGUCAUUUCGUCCUAACUGUUCAAAGGUAGCUGGAUUGUCUGUUAUUAUUGGCUGUAACUCGGGGAGAGUGAUUAUUAUGAGAUUU